AUACAACAUCAAUCAUUCUCUUUUGUCAAAGAUUACAGCAUCAUUCUUCUCUUUUAUACUUAUAAUUUACUAAGACACAAUCACUUGAUCUUGAUCCAAGAAGCGUUGACAUUCAAAGUUUUGUCUGAAGCAAAAUGGCCAUUUGGUUUCACAGAAUUUUCUUGUUGCUUCUCGUUUCUAGUUGCGCCUCUUCAGAUUUUCUGGAAAAUCCAGACUUCGAAUCUCCACCAUUAAACUUAUCUUCAAAUGGCGCGUUCGUGUUGCUGGAUCAGAACACUACACUCCCUGGAUGGACAUUCCAAGGAACGGUACAAUAUGUUACUUCACCUGACCUACCUGAUUCUGGACACGCGGUUCAGCUCGGUGAAGACGGCAAGAUCAAUCAAACAUUCAUUGCCAGAGGCGAUGAUUUGAACUACAUCCUCACGUUUGCGCUGAUCCCAGGAGGCGAGAACUGUUCCAGCUCUUCUGGUCUCAGUGUCUCAGGGCCAGACAGCAAUGCGGUUUUUUCUUACAGGCAGAACUACAGUAAGGUUCCGUGGCAGAGUUACAGUCAUAACUUGGGUAAAUGGGGGAAUAGUGAGCCUAUCAACUUAGUUCUUGAAAGCCAGACUAUAGAUUCUGAAUCAAACUCCACAUGUUGGCCUAUCGUUGACACAUUGCUCAUCAAGACUGUUGGUGUAACACUGGAUCAGGACAGUGGUAACCUCUUAACCAAUGGUGGAUUUGAAUCUGGACCGGGUUUCUUACCAAACUCAACCGAGGGAGUUCUGAUUGACGCAGUACCAAGUCUGAUCCAGUCAGCAUUAACGCAGUGGUCUGUCAUAGGAACAGUCAGAUACAUAGACUCGGAGCACUUCCAUGUCCCAGAAGGCAAAGCUGCGAUAGAAAUUCUGGCUGACACAACUCCAUCAGGCAUACAGACAGCAACAACAGACACAAGUGAAGGUUCGAGAUACAACCUCACAUUUACAUUAGGAGAUGCCAACGAUGCGUGCAUAGGAAAUUUCUUGGUCGGUGUCGAAGCUGGAUCCGCAGCUCAGAACUUCACAUUGCAGAGCAAUGGGACUGGCUCCGGUGAGAAGUUUGGGUUAGUGUUUGUAGCAGACAAAGCUGCAGCGCAGAUAAGUUUCACCAGCUACUCUGUUACAAUAACAAAAGAGGAUGUUCUUUGUGGACCUGUGAUUGAUGAAGUGAUUGUGCAUCCUCUUAGUGGAACAGCCUCGUUAAAACCCACAUGGCUGCUACUUGUUUUCGCUUUGUUGUAUGUUGCAGUUCUCUAAUUGAAUCUGUUUGAGAGAGAUCAUAAACACUUUUUUUCGCAAGGAGAUG